AUUCAUGUUUUUUUUAAAUUAUUUUACAAAACAUCCAAAAUAAUCGUGCAAUGUUCAUAUCUAAAAAAAACCGUCAUUCACUUCACCGUUCAAAAUCACAGCCCAGGUGACAGAUUGUCAAUGAAACGUCAGUUCGAGGCUGUUUGUUUUGUUUACAAACUGCAUCGUUCCGGAAAGGGAAAUAAGCGUAAUGCAAAAAGGAUGGCGUUCCACGGUAGUCCGUUAAUAAGCCUUAAAAUAGAACCCAUCGAAGGAAGCAUGCACCUGCACGGGGAUGAUGUUGAUGAGCCGGAAGAGGAAAGUUGGGAAACAAAACCCUCGCUCUUGGUGGAUGACUAUCCGGAGGGACCGGCGACAGACGAUGGCUACAUCUACGAGGUACUGGAAAGUGAGAGCGAGUCCGAAAAUGCCGCUGAUUGCAGCACAAAACCAAAGCCCCAACGGAAGCGCCGUAGCUUCUGCACGAUAUGUGGCAAGUAUUUGAACAAUCUUGCCGAACAUCGCCGGAUGCAUCUGAACAUUCGCACCCAGCAGUGCCCGUACUGCGAGAAAACGUUCGUCCAUCGUACGAAUCUGAUUACGCACCUGAACAUUCACACGCACGAUCGGACGUACAAGUGCGAGUACUGUGGCAGCGAGUUUACGAGCGUGCAGGGACUGAAGCAGCACCGGGCGACACACUUCGAGGGCCAGUACGCGUGCACCAUUUGCCACCGGAAGUACAGCCGCAAAUGCUACCUUCGCGUCCACCAUGAACGGGUACACAGGCCGAAGGAGAAGCAUUGCUGUCUGAUUUGCGACCGACAGUUUCUCAAUCCCACGCUGAAGGAAAAGCACAUGAAGAUCCACGAGGACGGUACGCUACACGAAUGCAGUCUGUGUCAUCGAGCGUAUAAUGCAAAGCGAAAUUUGCUAAGACACAUACGAACGGCUCAUCCGGAGCGAGGGCAGAGCGAUAGCAGUAGCACGCCCUUGUCAUGACCAUAGUCGUUGAGUCGAAAGUCGUUUUGUAAAUAUAUGUUCCGUACGCUGUCUGACUGA